AUAUUCAUAAUUAGCUAUUGGGUUUCUACGAGCAGGGCACCCAUGGAUGGCCUAUCACAAAAGCGUGAUCAGUCUCACCUACGUACGUCAUUGAUUCUCGGUCUACCACUUAAGAUGGUCAGAAUGUCAUUAUGUGAUCCCUCCCUGAGAUUAUCAGCAUUCCCGACAAGCACAAGCAGAAGGAAUAAUCGGGCUUCAAGGAGCAAUUCGUUUGGGCAUUCUAUCGAACACCAGCAAUGCACUGAUGUAGAUUAUGAGCAAAGGAUGGAAGCCGACGACUUUAACCACAGCUCCUCGGAGAUCGGUGGAAAUACUUCGCAUCCUCAUGUAUCCACAAAUUAUGUUGGAAAAGUGAACAGUCCAUUACCUCAGACCGAAGGAGGUAGCCGGCGCAAGACUCUCUCAGCUCAUUUGAAUGUGUUGAUUUCCUCAGCAUGCUAG